AUGGCGUCGUCUAGCCAUACAAACCAGAAUCAAGAUAAUGACAGUGAAGAAGAACAAUUAUAUAUAUAUGCUGCAGUCGCGAUGUGUGGGGCUAUUACAUAUGAAAUGGAGUUAAGCAUGCAACCACGCCAACCUGUAAAUACAUCUUCAUUAAAUGGUCACGAUUAUAUGGUGGAACUGCUGAAUGGUCAUCCUAGAAGAAUUUACAAUAAGUGUCGCAUGAGCAAAAGAUGUUUUCAAACCUUAUGUUAUAUAUUGGCACAACGAGGCAAACUGCGAGUAACCAGACACAUGAGUAUUGAAGAACAAGUAAUGAUAUUUUUGACAACAGUUGCCAAAAAUGCAUCUAAUCGUGAUUGUGGGGAGGAUUACCAGCAUUUCGGUGAGACAAUCAGUAGAUAUGUCCAUGCAGUUUGUGAUGCGAUAGUGGAGUUGAUGUCAGUCUUUAUCAAGUCACCUGACUUUACUGAUGUUCCAUUGGAGAUAUCGACCAACCCAAACUUUUACCCAUUCUUUAAGGACUGUAUUGGAGCGAUUGACGGUACACAUAUACGUGGGUCGACGCCAAUUGAGGUAGCUGAUACGUAUCGAAAUCGUAAAGGGGCAUUGUCGCAGAAUGUGAUGGCCGUCUGCGACUUCAAUAUGUUGUUCACAUAUGUCGUCACUGGCUGGGAAGGAUCUUCCCAUGACGCAAGGGUUCUAAAUUCAGUUUUAGAUGAUCCUGGUUCGGGUUUCCCGCAUCCUCCUCCAGGUAAAUAUUACUUAGUAGAUGCGGGUUAUGCGAACAAAGGUGGGUUCCUCGCCCCACAUAGACAGGUUCCUUAUCAUGUUUCUGAUGUGCGUCGUAACCUUUCUGGACCUAUGGAGUUGUUUAAUUACAGACAUGCAUCGCUUCGGAAUGUUGUGGAGAGGACCUUUGGUGUUUUUAAAAAAAGGUUCCGCAUUCUUGAUGGCAUGAAUAAUUACCCGUUGCAGCGGCAAGCUAACAUUGUUAUGGCAUGUUGUGUAAUUCAUAAUUUUAUCAAAAAGUUCGAUACGAACGACCCUAUCUUCCAAAGGUUUAAUGGCAAUGGAGUUUGUGAGGAAGGAAAUGGGACGAGUUCGAAUCAACUGACUCAGCGUAAUACAGACGACAUGGGAAGGAUAAGGGAUAGCAUAACUACUGCUCUGUGGGCAGAACAUGAGUCCAACUCGUAUUGA